AUUUCAGGAUGAUCGUGUCAGCACUGUUUUUGGGCGUGGUUGCGGCGGUGGGCGGGGCCAACGUGUUCCCCGAGCCACGCCUGGAGACGUUGCCCUGCGGAACGACCACCAUGAACCCCGGCGAGCGAGUGGCCAUCCAGUCGCCCAACUUCCCCCAAAACUACAACACUGACUACAGGUGCCAGUACGAGAUCACGUGCAACCCCAUGGAGUCUACCUACCUGGAGUUCAUCUGUCCUGCCUUCGAACUGCAGUCCUCCACUGACUGCCUCAAUGACCGCCUGGUGGUGACUUCCCAUGGCUCUCGCGAAGAGAAGUGCGGCACCGACAAUCCCGACGGAACUAUCACCUCCGACGGGUGGACGCGUCUCACUUUCUUCAGCAACGCCGACACCACCGCCCCUGGCUUCCGCUGCUAUAUCUGGUGUCGCGAACAGACCACUACGACCUCCACCACCACUUCAACGACGACCACACCUACCACCACUACUACUCCAACUACCACUACAACACCUACCACCACAACUACCCCUACAACCACCACCACUACACCUACAACUACCACCACACCUACGACCACCACGCCUACCACAACCACCACGCCUACUACAACCACCACCCCCACCACUACCACCACCCCCACCACUACCACACCCACUACAACCACACCUACCACAACCACACCUACCACAACCACAACACCCGCUACAACCACACCCACAACUCCAGUCUGCUAGAUUUAGAAGCAUGUACUACUUGCUCAUACGUCACAGCAGGCUAUUAACACCACCCAGAUAUAAAACAGGAAAAGUAACAUAUAUAAAACAGAAGGUCCAUAAGUUGAAAUGGAAAACAUUAUUGCGACAUUCCCAAACUAUAAAGAGACAAACACAGAUACUACAGUGAUGGUUGGAAAGCUUAUUUUAGCAGACAGGUACUGAUUUGGUUGAUGUACCUCUGCACAAUAAAUUCGCAUUCUCCA